AUGUCGUGGGUCAUGCUAUGCGCUGCGCUUGCUUUGGUCCUGGAAGGUGUACAGGCGACUGCGACGAGUAGUAGCAGCACAUGGGUUGCUGAUCAUAACAAUGCUACGAAUGCCUCGUUAACAGUGUCGAAAUGGUGGAGGCGGAGGGACCCGGAUGACCCGCGAGCUCAAGGGUGCCAGAAACGGCCGUGGAUAUGCAAUCAGGGCCAGGUCCCACCUUUCCGGAUGCGAUGCUGCAGGAACCGGUGCGUCGAUAUCCUUUCCGACCCAAACCACUGCGGGCAGUGCCUGAUAAGGUGCCCCUACACCUGGCAGUGCUGCUUCGGCCUAUGCAGGAACAUCAACAGGAACCCAUUGCACUGCGGGAAGUGCUUCAACCGGUGCCCUUUUGGGGUGCGUAUUGUUUAUGGCUCUCAUGUCAUGCUAAGACAAGAAGCUGGAAGAUUAUGGUACCUGUGUAACUGUGUGUUAAAGUAA